GGCAUUUGUAUAUAUGUGUUGUUUGUGUUUUUGUUGUAGAUUUUCAUAUUUCAUUUCUUUGGUACUUUUAGUGCCACGCUCCAAUCAGGACAUAAAUAAUACUUUUUGACUUAAAAAAACAAAACAAAUCAAGUCCUUUCCCUUCAAACCUCUCAGCCAAAUGAAGGACAGGACAUGGUAGCCAUUUUUCAGAGUUGCAUUAAGCUUUUCCCACCAACUUACUAAAAACCUCUGAAGGUAUCGGACCGCAAUUGGCCAACACCCGUAUGAGGAAGUGUUUUUUGUAUUUUUUAAAUAAUCAUAGUACAAACUAUUUUUUGUUGAUUACUUUUUAGACCGCUUCAUCUAUGAUUUUCCAUUAUAGUAUAUUAUCACAUUAGUCCCCACCCUGUAUCACUUUUAGUCCCAAUGUCCUUUGCUUUACUCCGACCUUUCACCAGAGGUCAGCCCCUCCCCCCUUCAGGAAGAAAGGCUGGCAUUUUUAAUGGAAACAUUGGAUCUAUUUUGUCAUUUUUGUACCUCAGCUCAUGCAUUUUCAUAUAGAUUUUGGAGGGAAAAUGCUGGCUCGGUCUUUGAAGAAUAUAUGAACUGAUGAGAAGCUAGUUUAUCUUUGCAGUGCAAAAGAUAAGAUGGUUUCUAACAUAACCACUACACUCCAAUGACAAGCUUUUAGUCUUAGUUGGCUGUCAGUUCAGUUGCUGCCAGUGUGGGUUCUUUUCCAAGCGUUACGCUUCCCUUCUGUCAUUUGACAAGACUUCGGUCUAUAUAACCGGGCUCCCUGGGUUGGGUCAAAUCUGGGGAUAUGGAGUUGUCACAGUGGUUACAGGCCAUCUUAUCUCGUGCUAGAGGGGGGUAAAGGAGUGGGGAGGAGCAUCAGGGAGUCACAAGCUCCCCUGCUCUGUCGCUCCACCCCCCGCGCGCUUGCUAAGGAUUGGUGGAGUGUGCGCGCUGAGAGCUGCCUUCCUGACCCUUCAGCCAUGCCCCGUCAGUGCUCAAGCACACGCCAACAAUGCGUUCCAUGCACCAAUGCAUCAGUUCUUCUUUUGGCUAAGGUUGAUAAUGAAAACUGUACCCAGCUGGCUAUCUAUUCUGAUAUCCACCGCUGUUUAAUAGUGUGGCAAAUUGUGUGGGUUUAGGAGAUCUCAAAUAUCAAGUGCCUUUUUAAAUGGUUCAAGUGUCGUCAGGCAGACGGCUCAAAAUCUGCACUCCACCGCCUGCGUCAGAUGCUGGGUUAGAAAGACAGGCACGCGCAGCAACAGCGAUGACUUCUUUAUUUCAGAGCUUUGGAGGCUUCUAGAUACCAAUAAUUACAUCACAGACUUUUCUCCCUACCCCACUGGCCAGGAUUCAAGAAAGCAGGCCAGGACAAAGAAAUCAAAGAUUUGAAAAUAUUUCAUGAACAUGCUAAAAGAAUGAAAGAAAAUGAUUAAUACUUCUUCCCUUUUUGCUUUAAAUAUGUAAUAAUAUUCCCAAAUAAAUGGGAUCAGUUCAUUUGGGCAAGAUCAAGCCAGUAACUGCCCUCCUGUAGUUUAAUGUGAAACUAAAUUGAUGGACAGCUGGAAACCUGACCUAAACCUAAAUUUCACUCAUAAACUGCAGAUAUAAAAGCCUUUCUUCCCUCCCUGUUACCCUCAAGCAUUUAUUUUGUUUUCUUUGAAAUGAAACAGUCAUUGCAUGAAGGAAAACUAAGUAUAGUCUGUUUUAUGUUUGUUGUGAUUUGGAAGAACCUGUUUUAUUUCCAUAUAAAAAAGGAUGUAUUGUUUGAAGACUUUUACUAACGACCUUGUUUUCUGAUUUUGUCUCUUUUGGUUUUUCCACAACUGAUAUUGUUAUUUAGAAGGUUUCAGGUGGGUGACACUAUUCCUGCGUAGGUGCCUGGCGGAAAGGAACACUAGGGCAGCCUCAGUCCUCUCCUCUUCUUCCAGCCAGCUGCGGCCACCAGUCUGACAAAGUCCAAAAAUAUGGUAACGGGUUUGUAACUGACAACAAAAGAAAAAACCACCUCACUUCAUGCUCCUCUGUCUUGUGGCUUCCUUUGAAGAGCAAAAGAAAAACGUAGCAAAACAAAUUACAGCAUGUUACCUGAAAGCCAUUGAGACCCAGCCCAACUUCGCAGUGGCUUGGAGCAACCUGGGCUGUGUGUUCAAUGCCCAAGGAGAGAUAUGGUUGGCCAUACAUCACUUUGAAAAGGCAGUGACCCUGGACCCAAAUUUCCUUGACGCAUACAUCAACUUAGGAAAUGUUUUGAAGGAAGCCCGCAUCUUUGACAGAGCUGUGGCUGGAUACCUGAGAGCCCUGAGUCUUAGCCCCAACCAUGCAGUUGUCCAUGGAAACCUGGCCUGUGUCUACUACGAGCAAGGCCUCAUUGACUUGGCUAUAGACACCUACCGUCGUGCUAUUGAACUGCAGCCCCACUUCCCCGAUGCCUACUGCAAUUUGGCAAAUGCCCUGAAGGAGAAAGGAAAUGUGUCUGAAGCAGAAGAGUGCUACAACACAGCCUUGCGUUUGUGUCCAACCCAUGCAGACUCUCUUAACAACUUGGCCAAUAUCAAGCGUGAGCAGGGCAACAUUGAGGAUGCAGUUCAGCUCUAUAGGAAAGCACUAGAGGUGUUCCCAGAGUUUGCAGCAGCUCACUCUAACCUUGCCAGUGUCCUGCAGCAGCAGGGGAAACUCCAGGAGGCCCUUAUGCAUUACAAGGAGGCCAUCAGAAUCAGCCCCACAUUUGCUGAUGCCUACUCAAACAUGGGCAAUACACUGAAGGAAAUGCAAGAUGUACAGGGAGCGCUGCAAUGCUACACCCGUGCCAUCCAGAUCAACCCGGCCUUUGCUGAUGCUCACAGCAAUUUGGCCUCUAUUCACAAGGAUUCUGGAAACAUCCCAGAGGCCAUUGCAUCUUACCGUACGGCUUUGAAACUCAAGCCGGACUUCCCUGAUGCUUACUGCAACUUGGCACAUUGCUUGCAGAUUGUGUGCGACUGGACAGACUAUGAUGAGCGGAUGAAGAAGCUUGUGAGCAUCGUGGCUGACCAGCUGGAUAAGAACCGCUUGCCUUCAGUGCACCCACACCACAGCAUGCUGUAUCCACUCUCUCACGGCUUCCGCAAGGCCAUUGCCGAACGCCACGGAAACCUUUGCCUGGACAAGGUACACGCACUGAUCAAAAUCAAUGCACUGCACAAACCUGCUUUUGAGCAUCCCAAGGAUCUGAAGGCCAGCGGUGGGCGUCUGCGUGUUGGCUACGUCAGCUCUGACUUUGGCAACCACCCUACUUCCCACCUGAUGCAGUCCAUCCCUGGCAUGCACAAUCCUGAGAAAUUUGAGGUGUUCUGCUAUGCGCUCAGCCCUGAUGAUAGCACCAACUUCCGUGUGAAAGUGGUAGCAGAGGCUCAUCAUUUCACAGACCUCUCACAGAUUCCCUGCAAUGGCAAGGCAGCUGAUCGCAUUCACCAGGAUGGAGUCCACAUAUUGGUCAACAUGAACGGAUACACCAAGGGAGCUCGAAAUGAGCUGUUCGCCCUCCGCCCUGCCCCCAUUCAGACUAUGUGGCUGGGUUACCCGGGUACCAGUGGGGCUCCCUUCAUGGACUACAUCGUCUCUGACAAGGAGACGUCCCCCUUUGAGGUAGCUGACCAGUAUUCUGAGAAACUGGCCUACAUGCCACAUACUUUCUUCAUUGGAGACCACGCCAACAUGUUCCCCCACCUCAAGAAAAAGGCUGUGAUUGAUUUCAAAUCUAAUGGGCACAUCUUUGACAACCGCAUUGUUCUUAAUGGUAUUGAUCUGAAGGCCUAUUUGGACAGUCUGCCAGAUGUCAAGGUGAUAAAGAUGAAGUGUGACAACAACCAGGAAGCUACUGGGGACACAAACGGAGCUCUGUCGAUGCCCGUAAUCCCCAUGAACACAGCAGCUGAAGCAAUCAUCAACAUGAUCAACCAAGGCCAAAUCCAGGUCACCAUCAACGGCUUCACUGUCAGCAAUGGCCUGGCCACCACACAGAUCAACAACAAAGCUGCCACUGGGGAGGAGGUGCCACGCACAAUCGUUGUGACAACCCGCUCCCAGUAUGGUCUCCCAGAGGACUCCAUCGUCUACUGCAACUUCAACCAGCUCUAUAAGAUUGACCCCCCUACUCUUCAGAUGUGGGCCAACAUCCUGAAGCGUGUGAGCAACAGCGUGCUGUGGCUUCUUCGCUUCCCUGCUGUCGGCGAGCCCAACAUCCAGCAGUAUGCUCAGAACAUGGGUCUGCCUGGCUCUCGCAUCAUCUUCUCUCCUGUGGCGCCAAAAGAGGAGCAUGUGAGAAGGGGCCAGCUGGCUGAUGUGUGCCUCGACACUCCUCUGUGCAAUGGUCACACCACAGGCAUGGACGUUCUCUGGGCAGGAACACCCAUGGUCACCAUGCCAGGUGAAACCCUUGCCUCCCGUGUGGCUGCCUCACAACUUAACUGUCUGGGCUGCCCUGAGCUAAUAGCCCAGAGUCGUCAGGAUUAUGAGGACAUAGCAGUCAAACUCGGCACUGACAUGGAAUACCUGAAGAUGGUCAGAGCACGUGUUUGGAAGCAGCGAAUCUGCAGCCCUCUUUUCAACACCAAGCAGUACACAAUCGACCUGGAGAAGCUUUAUCUGCAGAUGUGGGAGCACUAUAGCAAUGGCAAAAAGCCAGAGCCCCUGCUCAAAAUCCAUUCAGUAGAGACCAGUGAGAAUGCCUGAACUGGAAGCAUGCUGAUUUCUUUUACCUUGUAGCCCAACCAUGUCCAGCCCUCCUCGUUCUUUUUCUAAACCAUUGUCCGCACCCUUGCUUGGAAUGGUCAGUGUCCACUUCUGCCCUGUCUCUCUCUCAAUGAUUGUCUCAUCGCUGUCAUUCACUAUUAACGGGACUCUUAUUUGUAAAGGAGCCCAUAGAUGUACACUAUUUUUUCCCCAUCCCAUCUGUUGUUUCAUCACACAUCUGCAUUUCCUGAGCCAGAUGCAGCCUGAGACUUUCAGGCACCUCGUCUGAGACUCUUGUCCUAAAACACAGUAUAGUUGAUGAGCAUGAGAGGAUUGUGAAUGCCCUGCUAACCCUUCAGUCUUUGGAUCAGUGGAUUUGAUUUUUUUCCUCCUGUCCGUGUGUGUACAGGACUAACUGCAGCUUGUGGAGAGAAUGCCCAGCCGUCAUUACUUGUUGAUCUAUGUAUAAAUGGAUUAAGAGUGUUGUGUGUUUUUAAAAGGACAAAGUUUGCACCAUGGAAAUUGUAACUCUGACUUAAGUUUCAUCAGCUUUAACAUGCUAUUGUAAAACUUAGAUUGCAACAGCUCUUUAGUUUGUCUUAAGCUGUUAUUAAAUUGCUGCAAUGAGUAGAUGUGCUAGUUUUGAAGAAUAUGGUCUAGAUGAAGACUACUUCCCCUCACCAAAUGGCAACUUUUAUUCAUUUAGUUGUCAAUCAAAGAAUAUGUUCAGUGGCUGUUCUGUUUGAUGUCACACUAUGCUUGUAUAGAUAAUUGGACAACGUUGGUCAAAGGAGCUUCAAUUCAUUGGAAAGGGCCUAAGUGUCAGUUUAGAUGUCAGAGCUGUUCACAAAUUGAUAUUGGUUUUUUUAAACUCAAACCAGGAACGGCCUAGGUAAGUAUUUUCUAAGCGGUUUUUGUUUUUGUAUUGUCCGUUAACUGUAUGCUGUCAAUGCCGCAAGGUUCUAAAUAUAAUUUUAAAAAAAUUAAAGAGAUGGCAAAACUCUG